CGCCCUUUGCACUUGUCAAUAAUGUAAACAAACAGACGGUUUCCCUCUGUUUAUGAGUGACUUAACUAUGAAAAGUGCAAAGCACCGAGAAAAAUAUGCUGCAGUCUAAAAUUUAAUGAUUUGCUCCUCGUAGCAGCGGUGGUGAGCAGCCAGUUUCCCGACGCCGUCGGACGAGAACGGUUUUCUCCAAGUUGGCAAUCAAGCAUAUGGAACAUGAGUUUGAGCAGGGUAAAUAUCCCGACAUCCGCCGGCGGGAAAUUAUAGCUGCUGAAAUUGGCUCCUCAGAGGCACGAGUGCAGGUAUGGUUCCAGAACAGACGUGCCAGACAAAACAAACGCCGUCACCCAAGUGACACGUGUCCUGAUGGCAGUGUGCUAAAGAACACGAGUAAAAGACAACGAAUUGAACAGCCUGCUAGUAACAGUCAAAACACUGGGACGAUGAUUGGGCUUCCGCGUAUGGCCACUUCAUUUAGUCAAAGUUCCUCAGCCGCCGUGUAUCACAGUGUGCAGCCUCAGUUAUUUUCUGCUUACCCACCUGCGUACUUUCACGGUCUUGUUCUGCCAUCUCUGUGGAAUCUUCAGAGUGUUUGUACGUCACUUCCGCAGGAAACCAAGAACGAGGAUGAUACAGCAGGCGACAUUGUCAAGCGUCUCUUCAGGUUUAGCGCACGUGACGUCAGGCCUGCAACCAUACAACAACAACAACAGGAAGCUGACGAACAACAACAGAAACAGGUGUAUCGUAUGGUUGUUCCAACUAAGAAAGCUACAGACUGUUCAGUGACAGAGCUUCGUGUUUCUGAAAGUGCUAGGGACGUCCGAGAGGAGUGUGUGUUUACACUGGAGGAUGAGGAUUCGGGGCUCGCAAAUGACUCUUUCAGUGACUCUAUGUAGAAACCAUAGAAAUGACAACUUGAAUAUGUAAAAAUUGUGAAAAACGUUUGAAAAGUGCAUGUUCUGAUACGAAUUCAGACUACAGUUAUAACAUUUGCCUUACAUCAACUUUGACAUUGUGUACAUACGAUAUAUGCAUAUUUAUAACUAAUAUCAGCUGUGGAGUUUUUAUCCAACAGUGACUGUUUCAUGGCCGAACCAUGUGUUAAAUUUAUUUAAGCGAAUCGUGACGUCAAAUGGAACCCUUUUCUAAUUUGUCUAGGUUCAACUGUACCUACUAAAGAAACUAUGUAUCACUGUGGUAGUAAGGAAUGUUUAGCAGUUUUAAGAAGAUAGCACGUAUAUGUCUUUAUUUCUUCUACCGGGUUCAAAAAAUUGUUGGCCCCUUUCUACGUGACGACUCACAUUUAAUAAAAUUAAAUUGUUAGGACCUGUUUAAAGUUUUAUGUAUAAAUAGAAUAGAAGAAAUUGUGCUAUAUGUUUAUAAGUGUUUGUUUGUUUAUUUAUUUAUGAAAGUGAAAAGAUCAAAUGACCCAAGAAACUCUAUUACAAUAAUAUUACGAUCUCCCAAGGAGAAAAGUCACCAAAGUUUCCUAUUGUGUCAAGAAUGUUAAACUCUCAAACGUUUUCCCAAUUGUCACACCUCGAAUGGCUAUAUACAUACAUUAUUUAAACGGAUGCAUUUUCCUCAAUAUGUGUCCAUAUAAUGAAAAGACUAGAUAGAUGAAACACCCUUUAUUCAAAAUUUCGAACUCUGGUUACAACUUUUUUUGGAAAAUUCAUUAUAGUUAAGUUACAACAAGAACUGAACAGAACACUGAAUAUUCAGAAAAGAACAAUAGCCCGAACAUGUGAAUAGGCAUUUUUCUGCCUGUUCUUUCUUUGAAAACUUGAUGUUGCCAUAUAGAUGCUAUGAAAGUACACGACUGCAUCGUUUCCUAAACUGAACUAUUUAUACCUACGAUAUAUGCAUAUUUAUAACUAAUAUCGCCUGUGGAGUUUUUAUCCAACAGCCACUGUUUCAUGGUCGAACCAUGUGUUAAAUUUAUUUAUGCGAAUCGUGACGUCAAAUGGAACCCUUUUCUAAUUUGUUUAGGUUCAAUUGUACCUACUAAAGAAACUAUGUAUCACUGUGGUAGCAAGGAAUGUUUAGUAGUUUUAAGAAAAUAGCACGUAUAUCUUUAUUUCUUCUACCAGGUUAAGAAAAGUUGGCCCUUUUCUACGUGACGACCCACAUUUAAUAAAAUUAAAU